AUGGGGGCUGCACCCGCCAACCAGCGCAAAAAGGUCACCCUUGGAACCUUGAGGAGUCUCCAUCGAAGGGGAGAGCCCAUCACCAUGAUGACUGCCCACGACUUCCCCAGUGCACACGUUGCCGAUCGCGCCUGUAUGGAUGUCAUCCUGGUUGGUGACAGCCUAGCCAUGGUCGCCUUGGGUAUGGAGGAUACUAGCGAGGUGCUUGUUGAGGAGAUGCUGCUGCAUUGUCGAUCGGUAGCCCGAGCCACCAAGAGCGCAUUUACAAUUGGUGACCUGCCCAUGGGUUCUUAUGAAAUCGCUCCUGAGCAAGCACUCGCCACCGCCAUUCGUUUCAUCAAGGAGGGCCGUGUCCAGGGCAUAAAGUUGGAGGGUGGAAAGGAGAUGGUUCCCACCAUUCAGAAAAUCACCACCGCCGGUAUUCCUGUCCUAGGCCACGUGGGUCUCACUCCCCAGCGACAAAAUGCUCUCGGGGGGUUCCGCGUCCAGGCCAAGACUGCCGACAGCGCCAUGAGCCUGCUCGAGGACGCUUUGGCUGUCCAGGCCGCAGGGUGUUUCGCCGUCGUCCUUGAAGCCGUUCCAGCCGAAGUUGCUGCACUCGUCACCCGGAAGCUGUCCGUACCCACCAUCGGCAUUGGCGCCGGCGCCGGCUGCUCAGGCCAAGUCCUUGUUCAAACAGACAUGACCGGUAAUUUCCCUCCUGGCCGAUAUUUACCAAAGUUUGUCAAGAAGUACGGCGAUGUGUGGGGCGAGGCAAUGAAGGCCAUCGAGGCCUACCGAGACGAUGUCAAAGCUCGGCAGUAUCCGGCCAAAGAGCACACGUACCCCAUGCCACCGGAGGAAUUUGCUGCAUUUGAAAAGGGGGUCGAGGCGUUGGAAAGCGAAGCCAGUGAAGCCUGA